AUUCAACCGCAGCUAGCAACAACCUCAAACACAGACACAUACACACAAACACCCAUUCAAUUUCCCUUGUGCACAGAUGCUCAUAUUUCACAUCACAGCGAAUUCAACCGGUUGCAGAGAUCGUUGGUCAAGCGCGUGCUCGCUCACUCAAUCAAAUCACCGUCGUUAGCCAUUCAUUCAAUCAAAUUGAUCGCCAAAGGCUCUCAAAAUACGAUCGCACCAGCCUCAUCGUCGUCAUCGUCUACAUCGUCGAUGUCGUCAUCGUCACCAACACAGCUACGUAUGCCACCGCCGACCAGCGGCGGUAUCAAUGAACCGCAAGAAUGUCCGUACUGCCGGCGCACAUUCUCAUGUUAUUAUUCGUUAAAAAGACACUUUCAAGACAAACACGAACAAUCCGACACACUGUACGUAUGCGAAUUUUGCCAUCGACGAUAUCGCACCAAAAACUCGUUGACAACGCACAAAAGUCUACAGCAUCGCGGUUCCAGCGGUAUGCUGAAGCGUCUACUAAAAACGUCAGCUAUAAAAAAUGUCAUUGGCCAUUCGACGCAUCCACAUCCGCAUCUGUUUGAUUUUGCUGCCGAACUGGGUCAACCACCGCCAAGUCUUGGUUUCAAAGAAAAGCAUCUCGUUUAAGCGUAUAUUUAGAUUACAUUUUUUUUCCUUCGUCUGUUAACACGAAAAAAAAGAGAAAAAAAAAGUAUCAAACUAAAAUAGGCUCUAAAUCAACUCAAGUGAUUCACUUGCGAUCGCCAAAGUUCGUAAGUUCUAAAAGAAAAUCCAUCAACAACAAAACGUCCAAAACGCUUGCAGCAUCCGAGAUGUUUAUACCGGCUCCCGGCCUCAACCUCGGGACGAUGAUUUAGUGGAACAACAUUGUGUGAGUGUGUGUUUUAGCAGCGCAACAACAUUUAUUUUUUUGUUUGAAUUCAAAGUGAUUGUCAUCUGGCGAACGUGCAAUAUACAUAUUUUAUUAAAACAUAUUAUUAUAUAGCGAUAAUUUUUAGACAAAGAGUGAAAAAAAACAACAACAACAACAACAACAGAUUUAAAUGGAAAGAAAAAAAAACCAACAAAAAUCACCCAGAAAAAAAAACACGUACAUAUUUUUAAUGGAAUUUAAUUCAACAAAAUGAUAAGAAAAAUAAAACGAGAGAAAACUACAAAAAAAAACAUAUAAUUACAACAAAACAUUAUCAAACUUCGUAAUAUCAUAUUUAUGAUCUAAUCAGAGAAAAAAAAAUUGUGUGGUUCUUUAUGGAUAAUCAUAGCCACAAAACAAUUUCAAUAUCAGAAACGAUUCAAACACUAUAUGCAUUUGUACAGAACAAUUUCUAUUUUAUAGUCAUAGAAAAAAUCCCCCCCUUUUUUUUAACUAUACACAAUAUACAUUUACUACAUUUAUACAUACACCUAAACGUAGAACAUAAGCUAUAAUUUCGUUUUAUUUCAAGAGCAUUUCGGCGAUGCCGUUUCGAUUCGGCUUUCAAAGCCAUUAAUGGAUCGAAAGACAUUCCAAAAUGCAAUGUAGAGAAUACAUUUUAUUGCCCAACACGGCUCUUAUUUUGAGUUUUUUUUUUUAAUUUCGAAACAACAACAUAAUUCUCUCAGUUGAAUUUUUCCUGUCAAGAAACCGUUUCCACUGAUUAUAAUUCAAUAACACGUCCGAAGGGUAUCGAAUAUUUGCAAUCUAACUCUUAACAGGAAUCAGUUGAAAUUGAAAAGAGAAAGAAAAAAAAACAAUAAACAAACAAAACCUAUAAAUACAAUAUGAAAAUAGCAUCUAAAUGAAGAAGAAAAAAAUAGCAUUUAACCGAAAUAGUUAAGAAGCGUGUGGAAAACAAAUAGCUAACUAAAUAAGGCCAUAGAAUACAACACUACUGAAUAUAGUCAUAACGAUACAAAACGAACAUUGGUUUCGGAAGAAAGACUUGAAGAAAGUGCUCUCGAAACCACAGUCGCCACACUAUUGAUACAUGCAAGCGCGCAAAGUACAAACGCCCUUCACACCUACACACCUACACACACCUAAACACACACUUUAAUAUGAUAAUAAAAUUCAACAAAACGCAACUAUGCCACAAUCUGUUCAUAUAAAGUUAAAAAAAAUGCAGCAUUUUGACUGAGCCUCAAAUCACACCACACUCAGCGCUGCGCCUCCAAAAAAACAAUCACUCAAACACGACCAUUAUCCUCGGUUCGAAUUGUAAGAACACAUUCCGAUCGUUCCACAUCGGAAUGGAACACACAGUUUUAUUUUAAUUUCUCUUUAUCUACCUCGGGCUUUUUUUGGCGGCGCCGGCGUGUCUAUGAGUGUGUGCGUGUGCAUAAUUUGAGGUGAAUUUAUUGUUCUCGCUCAAUGGUCUGUUAAUUGGAUCAAAUGCUCAAUUUAUAAUAUUUUUUUUUUCAUUCAAAACAGUAUAACACCGCAACUAAGGAUUCACAAAAUAUCGAAUCUUCCAGUGCCUAAGCUUGAAAAUCAACAACGGCCAUCGAUCUCUGUACACAAGAGCUUGAUAAUUCAGGGAUAUAAAAGAAAAAAUGGAAGUUCAAAUUUUGUGAAUAAAUAUGGCAAAUCCCGAUACAAAAAAAAAAAAAAAACACAUACACACUGUAUACUUCGUUAUACUGUAAAUGAAUCAAGAAACGGUUUCAUAUUUUGCAAAGACACACAUUUCGCUCUUUUGUUCAUAGCAACCAGUUGAAAGCUCAGUGAUUCAUAAGAAUAUACAUAAAAAAAAACAAAUCGAAGUACAAAAUAUAUUGUAACUAAUUAACAAAAAGAAGAAAAAACAACAAACAGAUUUGAACGAAUAAAGUGAUGCCAAUGUUCAAUGGCAUCCGAUUUCUUUUCCAUAUGUAUUCGAUGGAGAUUUUGUCAUUUUUGUCCCCCAUUCUUAUUGAUGAAUGCAUUUUUCGCACCUGAAUCAGUGGCGAAAAAUGAUUAUUAUUCAAUUUGAACUCAAUAACAACAAAAGAGAAAACAGACGGAAAAAUGUCGUUUAAUUCACAUAUCCAGACAAAUUAAAAAAUACGGGAAAAAUAAAAAUGUCUUUUUGUAAAAAAUAAAGAAUAUAAAAUACAUCAUUUAGCAUGUAGUCAAUGAUGAAGAAAAAAAAAUCUAUUUCGAUAUUUAAAUGUAAAUGAUGUCUUUGAAAAAAAAAAAUCUUUAUUCAUUCAUUUCUGAAUUUUAACGUAACAUUUAAAUUAAAAUGGUGUACCUUCACAGAGGAUAUUUGGAAAAAAAAUGGAUAAAAGAAACAGCCAAUGUGGUUUAAACCAUGAAGUGUGUAUUGAGAGAAGACAGAAAUUUUUCGUCUGUGUAUCACACAUACAUCAAAACGAUAUGUUUGUUUGCCAUAUAAAGUAAAUGAGAGUAACAAAAGAGAACGUUGCCAGGAGCAAGUCAAAUAGAAAAAAAAAUAAAAAGAGAACUAUUUACAAAAGAAAAAUAUUGAAGAAAAAAACAACAACAACAACUAAAAGAAUCAGGUAUCAAUUUUCAGGUGAAUCACGAAAAAAAAGUUUUAUAUGUAUUAACUUUAGCUUAAAUAAAGAGAAAAAAAAAACAUUAUAUUAGAAGCGACGUCUCAACGUACUUUUUCUUAUUUAAAAAAGAUCCAACAGACAAAUGUUCGGGCAUUAAAUAUAGCGACUCUUAACCGUUUCACAAUCUGAUGUGUCCAUAUCGAAGAGCAGCACAAAUUCGUUUUUAUUCGAACACGAUUGCCCCUAUCACAUACGGGUCGUAUUGAAUUUCGAACACGAAUCCCAAAUGAACCAUUUGCGGAGAUAUCCAGUGUACAGCGGAGCUGUGCGGAGUUCUGCGGAGAUACCGUACAUACGCUAUACGUGUGAGCGAAACAGCACUCUUUGCUGUGUUUACAUUUCUAUUGUUCAAUACACAUCUAAGUAGCCAUGAGCGCACUGCUUCAGAUAUAGUGUAUGUAUGGCAUCUCCGCCGAACUCCGCACGGCUUCGCUGUGUACUGAAUUUCUCCACAAAUGGUUCACAUGGGAUUGUGUGCUCGUCUAAUGGAAUCCAUUGAAAUACUUUAUACGAAUAUCAGCGGCUGUACUCCAGUUUAAUAUAUCAAUUUCAAAUUCAGGAAACAAAAAAAAAACAUGUAACGAAAAAACCUCGAGAAAACGAAACGUACAAAAAAAAACACUUUCGGUUGCAAAUCAUUUUGAAAAUAAAACAAACAAAAACUGUGAUGUAGCAAACUGUUUUUUGGCUUAUCCGAAAAUUUUACACAGAGAAAGAGAUAGAAAAAAAAACGUAUAUAUAUUUACAAAUGAGAGACAGCGUUGAUUUCAUAUAUAUUCGAAUAUAUUCUCACCUCUUUCUGUCUUUUUUUUUCGUCUCCA